GGUAGAAGAACGCUCAUCGACGACGAUGACGAUAGAGAUCUCGAGAGCGCAGUGGAAGCGCUCGACCUUGAGAGUUCGAUUGCAGACAAGACUUUGGACGAGAUGAACAAAGCUAUCAGCGAUUUGCGGGCCUGGAAACAGAUCCACGAGCAGGAAACGCAGGCAGCAUUGAGCAAAAUGCAACAGCAACGAGACCGGGAAGCCCUGACACUGGAACUCCGAAAAGAAGCCGAAGCGUACCAACUCGAGUGUAGUGCAUUCAGGACAACACUGGAUGAAUCUGAAGCUUCUCGAGUCGAGCAGGCAUUGCAAAGCAGUAGCGACUCGGAAGGAUUGGCACUGUCGCGACUGCGCAACGAGCUCUUCCAGUUGGACGUGAAACAGCGACAAGAGGCACUGCUGCAGGAGAUCCAGGGGACCAACAGGGAGUUAGACAUGAACAUCGUCGACGUUCAGGCCUUCACGGGCGAGCUGGACGCCAUCCUAGCGCAGUUCGACUCC